AAAGCCUCGUUUGUCCGUCCAACGCAAACUGCUGUAGAUGAUGCUUAGUUGUGGCAAGCGUGGGAUCCCCUGAAAAAUUGCGACGCAGUCGUUUUCUUUGGAAGCCUGGAGAGCACUUCCUUGCUACUCCAACAUCGAAUAAUUACGAUCAAAAUUUGAACGGACAAAGAGGUGUCGUGGUCCGUUCUUUGUGCGUGCACUUCUACCGACGGGCUGUACAACGAUGCGUGGUCCAGCUUGGGCGGAAAAUAGCCUGCAGAGCCGUCUUAUUCACGGACUAAAACCAGAGCACACUGCCCAUCAGGAAAACAACGUUAACGCAGCGAUGACAAUGGGACCUCCUACUAGUAGUGUGGCUGCGAUGGAAUCUUGGCGGUUGCGACGGCAUAACUGCUUUGCAUUGCUGAUAAUGGUAUUUCUUUGCUACCAUGGCUCGCAGUUCUCGUGGGAUGCAGCUGCAACGAUCGAGCAACGCAAAACUAGUACACGUCACGAGGAAAUGUGGCAGUCGCAGCAAAAUCAAGCCAAGAAAGCUUUGAAGAGUUUUUCCAGGAGGCGAUCAUUUGAUACUAUGGUCUCCAGGACACAAGCUGUGUUAGAUAAUGGUUUCCCGCUUCCAUGGAGACCUUGCACCAUUGGCUCUAUAUUGCAGAGUCAGAAUCGUGCUUAUGGUGAAACAACAAACUCGAGAUUCAACAUUGCCAUUUUGGGAGGAUCCGCAUCAGCGAGGCCAGGACGCAACUGCAGCUUUCAGUAUAGAGGAGAGGACUAUGCAGGAACAUGGGCCGAUUUUCUGUAUCGGGGACUUAACAAUGGAAUGAAUGACACUGUUCAGAUUGGGGUAUCCAACAUGGCUCACGGGACUCUAAGCAGUGUGGAGAGUGCCCUGUGGAUAGAUGAGACAAUCAAUGCAAACUGGACUGAUCUCAUUAUUCAUGAGCAUGUCAUGAAUGAUCAUGAGGGAUCCAUCGAAGAAAAAACAAAGAAACUAGAUUUCUGGUUGACUCGGGUUUAUGCAUACUUUCGGCAAUCUUCCAACAAGCCUCCUCCUCCCAUUCUCAUUUUGGCACUCUGGCAAGUCAAGGCAGCCGAAAAGCUCAACGAAACAAUCAACACUCAUCCCUUGGAAUUCUGGGGAGAUUUGAUUGAAAAGUACAACAGCAUGGGGUGGCGCAUCUCCUUGGUAAAUGUUGGAGCAUCUGUGGAUCACAAUGCUGUGGCUGCCAAUUUCCACGACCUGCUUGAUGAUUCACACCACCCCAACUGCAGGGCAGUCGAACUCAUUUCCAACAUGAUCCAACAUGCAAUCUACACAGACUUGCUUUCAUGUACCGGUAGUGCAGCAACAGUGGCAAGCAAACAGGAACUCAACAUCGAUACCGGUAUCCCUCGGCACAGUCAUGUUUUGGGGGACUCUCCUGAAGCCUGGAAUCCAUUAUGGACCGAUCUCUUUGGUCAAGAUUCUCGCAUUGGAACUGUCUCUGCCUGGCAACCCAGAAUCGCGGGGCAGACUGCCCUGGCCCUUGGGAAUCACGACGAUAUACAAAAGUGGGGAACCAUUAGCAUGGGAAAGGAAGCCACUGAUCGCAAGGAUCGUUUCCAUGGUUGGAUUCUUCCCAUGUGCAAUAAUGAUACAUCAACGACAACCUUUGUAAUCCAAGAACCUGACUUGGCAUGGCUCGGGUUUUCGUUUGAUCUUCCCCGUCUAUCAAUUGUACUAAAUGGACAUCAGUUGAAUGUUUCGGAUGAUGGAGCAUGGUGCCUGAGUGGUGUUGCUAGAAAAUGGCUCAAGAAAUGGGUUCAUAUCGCAGACCAUGUGCCCCCGUCCGAUGAGUACACACUCGAACUUUGCACCAAUGGUGGGACAACGGAGAUUGGCUUGCAAGCUGUUAUUGGUCUCAUGGUGCCAUCCGCAAGUGAACCCAUGAGUAUAAGAUAG